AUGAUAACGCUACCCUUCAUCCCAAUACUGGCCCUUCUCAUCCAAACAUCUUUCUCCCUUUACGACAUUCUCCAAUAUCGUAGCGAGGUCAAUGAUAUUGAGACGCAAGUCGUUACUGCAACCGAUUUAGGAAAAAUGGUGACACAUUUACAAUUGGAAAGAGGUGAAGUUGCUUUCUACAUUUACACAAACGGAAGCAUGCUAAAAUCAAAUUUGACACAACGCUAUGCGACUACCGAUGAAGCGAUAGAUAAUAUGACAACAUGGACAGAAAUAAUUAUUCCGGCGUCGCCAAACGGUAGUGACGAUGAAGGCGAAGUGAUGCUUAAUAAAACGAGCUUCCAGAUGAGAUUAAAUGAUUUUCGUACACAAAUACAUUCCGAAGAAAAUAACAAUACAGUUUUUGAGGCGAUGUUGUGGUAUAUGGCUGUCAAUAAUGCGAUGCUUGAUCACUUGACAAAACACAUCAAAGAGUCAGACAAAAGCGGAAUAUGGCGAUUCUUAAUUGGAUUUAAAAACCUUAUUCGAAGUAUCGAGAACAUUGGAGUGUCUGCAGUUUACGGAAUAAGCUACUUCGGACGGGGUCAUCUUGCUCCUGAACCUUAUGUCAAUUUUAUCAAAUAUGAUACUCUGGGAAAGGAUUUGUUGAACACUUCAUUGAAUAUUGUUCCGUAUUUAAAAGACCAAUAUAAAAAUCUUACAAAUUUCCGUGAAUACGGAAGCAUCAAAAAUCGGAGUAAAACGAUAAUGAUGAAUAAGAAAAUCAAUGCCAGCAUUGAAAACGCAAUCAAAUAUUAUGAAUCGAUGACAUCUUAUAUUGAAGGGUUAAGGAAUCUUCACAUGAGUUUAAGAUUGCGAAUCAGAGAUGAAGUUCAAAUGCUGUUGAAGGAAGCACUCGAUAAAGAAGCGAUUGGAAUAGCAAUUCUUGUUACAGUGUUGAUUGUUUCUCCUAUAAUUAUAAUACUCGUGAAGAAUGUGGUCGCAACCAUUCAGCUUUAUUCAUUGAAUCUCGUGGAGAAAGCGAGAGAAUUGAAACUUGAGCAACAGAAAAGCGACGCAUUAUUAUUUCAAAUGCUUCCAUCAAGUGUUGCAAUUCGAUUAAAACAAACUGGCCGAGUUCCAGCUGAAUUCUUUGAAUCAGUUACUGUUUACUUCUCCGACAUCGUUGGUUUUACUGAAAUUGCUUCGACUUGCUCUCCACUGGAAGUUUGUUCUUUCCUUAAUUCCAUCUACAAGAUGUUUGAUGAGCGAAUCGAAUGUUAUGAUGUUUACAAGGUGGAAACAUGCGGUGAUGCUUACAUGGUUGCCAGCGGUAUACCUGAACGAAGUGAUGUGAAGAAACACGUGUCGGAAAUAUCAACAAUGGCUUUAGAUUUACUGCAUGCGUCGAGUUAUUUCAAAGUUCCACAUUCGAAAAACGAGAAAAUUCAAAUACGAAGUGGGAUACAUACAGGAAGUGUUGGUGCUGGAAUUGUUGGAACGAAAAUGCCACGAUAUUGCUUGUUUGGUAAAUUUAAAAACUUCUUUGAACUCUCAAACAUUUUUAAAGUUAUAAGUUAA